UGACCAGUCGGUACGUAGUAGGACGUAGGAAGCCCUAUGUGGACCAAGUGCAGGCAUCUCAGAAAGGCGAAGGCGUUGCGAGCUGCGACAUCAACAGUCCGAUCCGGCCCACGGCUAUCGAAAUCUGCACCGACCGCUUUCUCGCUUCAUCUCUACUGAAAAUUCUCCACACCUCGGCAACGCAGACCACAGUUCUACCUAUAUAUAUCGUGGACCUCGAGCUGUUCAUCCUUAGCACAGAAAGCAAGCAAGCAACCAGAGCUUCGAGCACAAGCCCACGACCCACGCAGGCAGGCCAGGGCAGACAGGCAGCAAUGGUGAUCGUGGGCGAGGAGUACUGCCACCUGAAGGAGGAGCAGCUGUUCACGGUCCGCAAGACCUCCCACUUCUCCCCCGGCGACGGCUUCGCGGCCUACGACCACCGCACGGGCGGCCUCGCCUUCCGCGCCGACACCUACGGCCGGGGCCACGGCGGGGGCGCCGCCUCGGCGGGCGAGCUCGCGCUGCUCGGCCCCGCCGGCGAGCCCCUCCUCACCGCGCGCCGCCGCCGCCCGUCCCUGCACCAGCGCUGGGAGGGCUUCCUGGGCGCCCGCGCCGAGGGCCAGAAGCCCCUCUUCUCCGCCCGGAGGUCCUCCAUCCUCGGCGGCGCCGCGCGCGGCGCCGUCGUCGAGGUCCUCCCUUCCUCCGCCGAGCUCCGCGUGGAGGGCUCCUUCGCGCGGCGCUGCUGCCGCGUGGUGGCCAAGGGCGAGGACGGCGGCGAGGACACGGUGGUGGCAGAGAUCAGGAGGAAGGUGGACGAGACGGCGCGGGUGGUGAUGGGCCGGGACGUGUUCGUGCUGAGGGUGAGCCCUGGCUUCGACGCGGCCUUCGCCAUGGGGAUCGUCCUCGUGCUCGACCAGAUCGCCGGGGACGAGGCCGAUGGCGGCGCCGGAGCCGGAGAGGAUACGGAUACCCUCCACGUACGCCAGGAUUUGGUCACCGGAUCCGCUGUCCGUUGCUUGGUUUAGCUGUGUAUAGAGUUGGUGAACUUCUUUGCGUUUUUCUCGGCAAUGCAUGAUCGAUGCGUGCUCAGUUGAUCGAUCUCUGGCUCUGGAGAUCUUGUUUUUGUAACUACAGUAGUACUGUAAUAAUCAGUUUAGCGGAAAACCUCUGCCGAAAUCUGCAUCGCUGCAGAAAUUGUAUGGGAUCGGCCGGCAGCUGCUUCUGUUCUUGUUCAGCAAAUUUGGUGUUCGUGUUCACAGGUUCCUGCUCUGUGCCCUGUUUUUCAACAAUUUGGACUUUGUUUU